AUGGCAUACAAUCGGCGGGUCGAGGAUUUUAGAGAAGCAGAAUAUCCUAUGAUGAGAGGGAAAACAUAUCUUGACCAUGCGGGCACAACUAUAUACGCGAAGUCUCUGAUCGAAAGAUUUUCCAGUGAGAUGGUGGGAAAUCUCUUUGGCAAUCCACACUCGGCCUCAGCUCCAGCGCAACUCUCUGGUUCUUUGGUGGACUCUGUACGGGAAAAGGCAUUAAGGUUUCUUGGAGCCGAUCCUGCGCAUUUUGAUCUCGUAUUUACCGCAAAUGCUACCGCAGCGAUUAAACUAGUCGCAGAAAGCUUUCGAGACCUUGCGCUAGAGAGCUCAACGUCAGGAUCAUUUUGGUAUGGCUAUCAUAAAGAUGCCCAUACAAGUCUGGUCGGUCCACGAGAGCACACAAAUGGACAGCAUCACUGCUUCGCCGGCGACCAGGAGGUGGAAGACUGGUUACUCGGUUACAGGACUCUUCCGGGGAGAAGGGAAGAUGAUGAAACACCAGGAAUCUUUGCAUUUCCUGGGCAAUCGAACAUGACCGGGCGUCGAUUACCACUCUCUUGGAGUAGAAAAUUACGAAAUUCCACCCUCAUCUCACACCAGAAUACCUACUCCCUCUUGGAUGCUGCAGGCCUCGCGACAACAACUCAGCUUGACUUCAGUGAUCCGGAUGCAGCUCCUGACUUUACUGUCCUUUCAUUUUACAAAAUAUUUGGCUUCCCCGAUCUAGGAGCUCUAAUAGUGCGCAGAAAGUCGGCGCAUAUCUUGACUUGGCGUAGAUAUUUUGGCGGCGGCACAGUGUCAUCUCUGACAGUACUUCACGAAGCAUCUUACCACCGAAAAGAUGCCACGAUUCAUGAUGGCUUAGAGGAUGGCACAUUACCAUUCCAUUCAAUCAUUGCACUUGGAUGUGCGAUCGAUGUGCAUCAUGAUCUUUAUGAUUCUAUGGCGAACAUAUCCAAGCAUACAAUGUUUCUCAUCCGGCGCCUCUACGAGGGCCUAUCAACUAUUCGUCAUUCGAACGGCCGGCCUGUGUGCGAAAUUUACAAUGACGCAACGAACACCCACCCUUAUACCGACGCCACUACCCAGGGUGCUACCAUAGCAUUCAAUAUUCUGCGUCCGGACGGCACUUACGUCUCGUAUCUGAGUGUAGAAGAAUUAGCCAACCAGAAAGAUAUAUACGUAAGAGCCGGGGGACUUUGCAAUCCUGGAGGCAUCGCAAGUUAUCUCAAGGUAGCACCCUGGCACUUCAAGCGAGCGUGGUCAGCCGGCCAUCGCUGUAGCGAAUCUGACAACACGGAGAUUAUCAACGGUAAGCCUACAGGCGUGGUUCGAGCCAGUUUAGGAGCCAUGUCGAUCAUUUCCGAUGUCGAUACUCUUCUUGCAUUCAUGCUGGAAACGUUUGUUGAAGACCUGGAUCUGGCUGGACAAAUUGUCGUCAUCACAGCGCAGGCGCCGAGUAAUAAGUCACCCACGGUCAGGAGUCAGGGGGGCGUUAGCCCAGUUGUCGUAAAGGUUCCUGGCAAUUGGCCUAUCAGAAAGCUUCUUCCCAUCGACACGGAUUCAAAAGAGGACCCGAGGGGCCGGCCGCCACGACGAUAUAACAUGUACGACUAUCAGAUUAAUUGCGACAGACCACGGACAAGUCAUUCAACAACGUACCAUUCACCAGCGCAUCACCUUUCAACCGGAUCAAAUGAUAGCGCAAUAGUAAUGCCGGCAACGGCAGUGAAGUAUUGGGACGAUAUCAAAAGAGGGGGUCAUGAAACGUGGCCCGAAUGUCGCGCAAGAAGACAUGAGCAUGAGCAUGAGCAUGAACCUGAGAAAGAAAAAACAAAAUCGGAGUCACGGCCGACGGAAGAAAAGGGGAAAAGACCGGAAAAGACGUUAUCGAAAGCCAAAAGUUUUUGGGGGCUGAAUAAGGUUGUCAAGGGCAGAAGCAAGGGGUGA